AUGGCUUCACCAGCAAACCCAAAAUCCCACUUUCAUGCCCGCUCCGUGAGCUUGCCUUCCAAGCCUAACCCGCUCAUUCCCCAAGCAGAAGAUCACUUGAGGAGGAUCAGAAGUUCAGAACCAGCCGCCAUUUGUUCGAUUUCAUCAGUGAGCAGCAUGAUAAGUGGUCUCGUGGACUUUUACGACUCCAUCGAUGACUUGCUUCUCUUGCCACAUACCCAACAGGCCUUGGUUCAAGAGGGAUGCGACAAAAUGCUCGAGAGAUCCCUCGGUCUCCUUGACAUUUGCAGCACCAGCAAAGAUGUUGUAGCACAGACAAAGGAAACUGUGCAGGUGCUACAAUCGGCGUUGUGCCGGAGGCGGGGCGAUGGAAUGGCACUGAGAAACAAGGUCGAGGCAUACAUGGCCUCUAGGAAGAAAGCAAAGAAGACAAUUCAAAACUGCUUGAAAGUUUUGAAGAUCAAAUCGACCAUCUCUUCUGCGGAUCAAAGCUGUGUGACUAUGGUUUCCAUGUUAAGAGAGGCCGAUGGAGUUGCUCUCAAGACAAUCAAUUCUUUGUUGACAUUGGUACACGGAAAGUCGAGCCGCUCUUUCUUCUCCAAGUUGAUGUAUUCCAACCGAGUGGCGGCCCAUGAGAUAGCGUCCAACAGUGAACUGGAGAUCGUGGACACUGCAGUUGAUACUCUCCUAAGCCACAAGAGUGGAAAAGCAAGUAAUAUCGAAACAGAACAUGUACAGAAAGCGUUGGCAGAACUUGAGUCCCACAUUCAGGACCUCGAAGAAGAGAUGGAUCACCUGAUCAGGCGCAUGAUCAAAACCCGAGUGUCCCUCCUCAAUAUCCUCAACCACUAG